GGGGGGAGAAAAUGGAAACACGCACUACAUUUUGCAAUAAACCUAUUUUAUGACUCAACACAUUCCACAUUGCAAAUGAAGCUGUUAUGAAACGUGGUAAAACUGGUGUGAUCCAUGUGUUUGCUAAAACUGGCUAAAAAUGGGAGUUGUACCGGGAAUGAUUGGGGGCGACUCUGAGAGAAAGUCACUGAUGGCGUCAGAGGCGCUGAGACGCGCGCGCUGAUUCGGAGAAAAGUCGUUCCUGGAACUCAGGCGGAAUCAGCACACCAAAGCCCACAGUUGUUUCGGCUACACUUUUAGGCUGGUAACCGGCUGAAACACUAUUCAUUAGCGCAAAUCGUACCGGAUGCUGUUUCAGCUACAUCUUUGCUCCUGGGUUAUUCAUUUCUAACGUCGGCGGAUUUCACAAAGAGAGCUGCGAUACUGUUAGAGAGGCUCGGGAGAAGGUUUUUAGAUCGCGGCGACGCACCGAGUCCCAACAAACCCCAGCUCAAGCUCAGACCCAAGCUCAAACCCAAGCUCAAACCCAAGCUCAGGCUCAGGCUCAGGCUCAGGCUCAGGCUCAGGAGCGGCUGAGAAACUUUCAGAGGCGGUUGAGGAACCUGACUGAAGCCUUCACUCAUACGAUGAUCCUCUGCGUUCAAGGUCCCAGGGCUCUGUUAGGAGACUCGCAGUCUCAGGUGGUUCCUCUCGGGGUUUCAGACCUCUCUUCCUCAUCAGCACGUUGUCUUCACAGCACCCCCAAGUUCUGGGACCCCAGCAAAGACUGGUGCACCAUCACCAGCAACUUCUGUUACCUUGAUGCAUCAGGGUGGUACUGGGGCACCAUCACAGCCAGUGAGGCCCAUUCACUCCUUGAGGCGGCCCCAGAGGGCACGUUUCUCAUUCGGGACAGCAGUCACCCUCUCUACAUGCUGACGCUAUCAGUCAAAACGGGACGCGGCCCCACUAAUGUGCGCAUUGAGUACAGUCACGGGCGCUUCCAGCUUGACUCGAGUUCACCGGCCCGAGCACGUCUGCUCUCUUUCCCUGACGUGCUGAGUCUGGUGCAGCACUAUGCUACCUCAGCGAGGGGACGCGACACGGCUCAGGAUGAGGAGUGUGAUCCUGUAACUCCCCCGGUACCUAAGGAGUGUGCUGUGCUGCUUAAGCUGAAACGUCCACUCCGCCAGCCUCAGGCUUUUCCAUCCCUACAGCAUCUUGCACGCUUGGCUAUUAAUCAGUACACAGCCUGCCCAGCAAAGCUGCCCUUACCAAAGCCAUUACUGCAGUACCUACAGAAGUACCCUUUCCAGCUCUGACAUCACCAUGGAAACACCAACUUGAACAUAAAAGAGAGGAAGCUGAUGUCAUUAAUGAAAAUGAUGCAGGUGAAAGCUCAUUUCCAGGGGAAUGGGACUUUGGCUCACUAACCAAUGGUGGCUAUAUUUAAAGCUCUAGAACACUUUCUCUUUUGUUUGUUAUGACUAAUUUAUGCUUUGGACUACCUUUUUUUUCUCCUGUGGGAUAAAUUAGAUUUCCUGUUCCCAAAUAUAGACUAAAGUGGAAAUUCACUGGAACCUGAAAGAAUAUCAAAUGACAAAUAGAAAGACGUUUGCAGCUAAUCGAUGUCAGCAUUCAAAUGAUGUUUGUAGGAUAUGGUGUAACUAGUUUUAUUACCCCACAACUUUGGAUGAACCUUUAAAAAAAGACUUGGAGACUACUGUGGGUUUGAUUCUCCCAAAACAUAGCCUGUCCCUAAGGUCAUAUCACUUAUUUUCAGUGAUUGUUUGAUUAAAAAAAAAAUGAAAGCUACACAAUUUUCCCCAUGGCUUGAGCUACAUGGCUAAUGAAGCUAAGUUAAAGACGCAUAUAGAGCUGUUUUAGCAUAGUUAAAACUCCAUGCUUAAAUCAUCACACACUUGCCUAAAACUAUGGUGUUAUCUGAAGUAGAAUUGUUAUUGUGGUUUCGGACAGUGUAUAACACUGUUAUUUGCUAUUUUUCUUGUUAAAAAAAGGUCAAAAAUGACAUUUUUCUUUCCUCAGAAACUAUCACUCUGCACUAUCAGCAAACUCAGACUAGCUACUUUAGCUAGCUACAGAGCGAUCCAUAGACUGGGAUAUAGCCAAAAUAAACAAUGUUUACUUCAGGUUCUUUGCUCAGAGGUAGAUUUUAUAGAAAAAUGAUAGUACAGCAGAUUUAGGUGUGUUUUUAUAAUGAUACUUUUUCUGAUUUUUCACAGUUUUCUAUGAUUUAUUUUCUUUUUGCAUCCUAGAACACAAACACAGCUAUUGUAGCUAGUUAACUUAGCCCAGCUAGUUAUUGUUUACAUUAGCAAUAUGCUCAGAGUAUAGCUAUCCGACAAAGUUUGAAAACUAAUAUUAAUCGUUUUUCAUUUUUAGCUUUUAAUUUUUUUAAACAUCAAGUUAUGAAACAAAUUGCUAUUUUGAAUAGGAAUUGUUAAUGGUAUUACUUAGUCAGAUGAUAUCCUUUAUGACAAGCGUGUGAUUAUUUUGGAGUUCUGUUUGCACAGUGCUAAACUAGCAACUAGAAGCCUCCCUUACUUGUUAGCUACAAAACUCAAGGAGCAAACACCAGACUCCAAACAUAAUUUGGCCGACUAACAAGAAUUAUGGUUAGGGAAAAUUUGUGUAAAUUUCAUUUUUGGACUGUUCUUAAAUUCUUAAUUUCUUACAGAGACAAACAAGGGUGAGGGGCUGCCAGUGAGCACACCAACAUUAAGUCAAAGCCCUGUGUUGUCUCUCUUGCUUUCCUUUUUACUUUUUCUACGCAAAAUUCGUUCUGGUACAUAUUACUAUAUAAUCAGUCCAGAAUAAUUUAUUUUUUCUGUCCCCACAAUGUGGGUGUUUGUAUAUAUUUAUGGACAAAGAUCCUUUUUAUUUUGUAAUAAAAGAAAAAUACUGAACCGUUCAAGCUCUUUCAUGUGAUCUUAUUAAAUAUAUUUAUGUUAAUAAAUAUAUUUAUUUAUUGACUUUGA